GUUGGGAAAUUGGGAGUAAUUGAAUUCCGCAUUGUAAAAAUAUUUUCAUCAAGAAGGAUGACUAUCUCCUGGCGUAACCGCACGCGCCGCCGGCGAGAGUGGGGGUGAGCCUAGGAAGUAGUGCAUGGGUUUAUAAAACGACAAACAAACCUAUGUCUGAAGGAUUUCGAUGUUCCUCAAAUCCACCACACAACUCUCUCUCACAAACAACUCCUCCCCGCACCGUCGCAAUCGCUCCUCGCACUAUUCCUUUUGACUUCAUUUUUUUCUCACGCGCUCUCACUGCUCUUGCGCGUGACAAACCUCUAGCAUGAAGUGGGUCUCCCCCACCAAACUCGGCGGCGCCGGCGCCGGCGGGGAGGCCAAGGCGGUGCUCUUCAAGUCCAAGUUGAAAUGGGUCGGACUGUUUGGUCUUGUCCUCUCCGCUUUCUCUCUCUUCACGCACUUCCUUCUCGCCAGAUACAGUGUUGGGGUUGCUGUUUCCGAGUACAAAUCUUCAAUCACAAUCUUUUCUUGGAGGCCCAUUUUCGAGAAUGCCAAUUCUCCCCCCGCUCCUAAAUUGUACAGAAGACUUUGGGCCCCUGUGAAGCAUCUUGAAUCUGUAAAUCCCUAUGCAAAUCCCAGAGCAAACUAUGUAGCUCCUCCUCCACAGACUGACAGAUUUAUUUUUGUAAGGAUACGCGGGGGUUUUCACGAAAUAAGGAACUCGAUAUGUGAUGUUGUUGUGGUUGCUCGGCUUCUUAAUGCUACGCUAGUAAUUCCUGAGAUCCAAUCCACAACUAGUAGCAAAGGGAUCAGCACAGAGUUCAAGAGUUUUGCCUACCUAUAUAGUGAAGAUCAAUUCAUGACAGCUUUGGUUGGAGAUAUUAGAAUUGUGAAAACAUUGCCUAAGGAUCUUAAAGGAGCAAGAAGGAAGAAAGAAAUUCCUUCUUUCAAAGCGUCAAGCUCCGCGUCUCCAUAUUUCUAUCUUCAUCAUGUUCUACCGGUGCUGAAUAAGCACGCAGUUGUUGAGCUUGUUGUCCCGGAUGGUGGAUGCUUGCAGGCCUUACUUCCUCAACAGCUAGAAGAAUAUCAAAGGCUACGGUGCCGGGUUGCUUUUCAUGCAAUAAAAUUCAGAGAGGAGGUCCAAGAACUCGCCUCAAAGAUCCUAUACAGAUUAAGAUCUUCGGGUCGACCAUUUAUAGCCUAUGAUCCUGGGAUGACAAGAGAUGCAUUAGCUUAUCAUGGUUGUGCCGAACUCUUUCAGGAUGUGCAUACUGAGCUCAUUCAACAUAAACGAGCUUGGAUGAUAAAACGUGGAAUUGUCAAUGGAAACCUCACUGUUGAUUCAGCUAAGCAACGCCUUCGCGGUUUAUGUCCACUUAUGCCAGAGGAAAUUGGUAUUCUCCUUCGUGCAUAUGGCUAUUCGUGGGAUACAAUCAUUUACGUUUCUGGUGGAGAGGUCUUUGGUGGGCAGAAGAAACUGAUUCCCCUUCAUGCUAUGUUCGAGAAUGUUGUAGAUCGGACUUCCUUAAGCAUGAUAUGGGAGUUGGACAAAAUGUAUGGGCGUGAAGCUAAUCUUGUCGACAAACCUAAGAUGUCACCUCCAUUGAAAGUGAAAAAGAAACCCGAUGCUUGGAAAAUUUCUGGUCCUCGUCCCCGUCCACUCCCACCACCCCCAGCAAGAUUCAAAUAUCCUUACAACAUUGAAGGCUGGUGGGGUUGGGUAGCUGAGAGCGACAACGAACCAGAGAGUACAGUUAUGGAGUUGAGAACCAAUGCACACAAAUUGCUGUGGGAAGCAAUUGACUACACUAUAUGCGUAGAAGCAGAUGCAUUCGUGCCAGGAUUUGAUCGGGAUGGUAGAGGAAACCCAAAUUUUGCUAGCUUGGUAAUGGGACACAGGCUUUAUCAGGCUGCCUCCUCGAAAACUUUUCGAAUAGACAGGAAAGUGAUGGCGAAAAUCUUAGAUGAGAUACGCGACCACCUUUAUCAAGGCAACGGGACUUGGAUAGCAUCUGUACGGAGGCAUCUGAGGAGGAACUUAGUAGAUGGACUAAAAGAUGCACUCACAAAAUCGAAACCAUUGUCGUUCCUGUCAUUCCCUGUCCCCGAGUGCUCUUGCUCGGGGGGUAGCCAACCCGGUGCAGUUAAUGCCUCGAGCCCUCUAGCUCAUCCACCACUGCGCAAUGUGUUUGCUUCUAUGGCUAAGUGCCCGUCCUGGAUGGACAAGAACGCCACUUCAACUCCAAGGGACAAGGAAAGUGAAGAGGAGGAUGAUGUCUACGAAGACGACCCUGAUUCUCCGGAUGCCGCACUUCUCUUCCGGCAAGGCCGCGACAGCAACAGCAACGAGGGCAGCGGAGUGGAAAUGAGCAACAAAGAAGAAACACAAAUGGAUGAUCAAGAAGAGCUCGAAGGCGGGGAAAGGUGACGAAGAUGAUGCGAUAUGUUGGUUGUACAGAUGUUUUCGAGUGAAUACACCCGAUUGAUCGAGACUACAUCAUGGGAUUUUCCGGAAGUGACAUGUGAGCGCUGAGAAUGUCUGCUUGUCGGCGUGGCUUAAAGCCGUGUUCGUGUUCGUGUUGGUUCGGAAAAGAUCGAUCAUCGGAGGCUGUGUGAUGGCUUCCUGAGAUGGUCCAGGAAGCAGAGGACUAACUGAGAUUGGGAUAUUUUUGGGAAAUGGUAAGUGUAAUAUAAACUCAUGUAUCAAUUUUGAUGUAAGUGACAGAGAACAGUGACUUUGACCCUAAAGAAUAGACUCAUCUUAUUUCUCUAUUCAA